CUUCCUCACCUCGACCCUCUCCCUAACCCGAGUCACUUCACGAUGGCGUCUCUCGGCAAGCUCCUCUCGGCGGCGGGCCUGCUACUCUUGGGCGGCCAUGGCAUGUUGGCUUCGGCCGAGGACCACCUGAUCAGCGAGCGCAAGCUCUCCAAGCGCUUCAUCGACGAGAAGGGCAACUACAACAUCUCCUUCUAUCACAUCAACGAUGUCCACGCCCAUCUCGAUCAGUUCUCCUCCUCCGGCACCGACUGCACCAACCCGGCCAAGGGCUGCUACGGCGGUUAUUCCCGCGUCAAAACCAUCAUCAACGAGACCCGGCCUUCGCACAAGGACUCUCUCGUCCUCAACUGUGGCGAUGAGUUUCAGGGCACCAUGUUCUUCUCCUACUACGGCGGCGAGAAGAUCGCCGAGACCCUCAACCAGAUCGGCUUCGACGGCAUGACGCUGGGCAACCACGAGUGGGACAAGGGUGACGAAGUGCUCGGCCAGUUCCUCGAGAACCUCACCUUCCCCAUCAUCUCGGCCAACGUCUUCUCCGACAACGCGCGCCUCAACCGCACCAUCAAGCCCUACCACAUCUACGAGGAGUAUGACCUCGCCAUCAUCGGCGUCACCACCGAGACCGUACCCUCCAUCUCCUCGCCCGGCCCGGGUACCAAGUUCACCGACGCCAUCCAGGCCGUCCAGGACACCAUCGAUCACAUCCGUUCCACCACCUCCAUCAAGCGCAUUGCCGCCAUCACGCACAUUGGGUACGACGAGGACCAGCGACUCGCCAAGGAAACCACGGGUCUCUACCUCAUUAUGGGCGGCCACAGUCACACCCCUCUCGGCGACUUCCCCGGUGCCGUGGGUCCUUACCCGACCAUUGUCAAGAACAAGGACGGCGAUGAGGUAUUCAUUGUUACCGCCUACCGCUGGGGCGAGUACCUCGGCUACAUCGACGUCACCUACGACGCCGACGGCAAGAUCCUCGAGUACCACGGCGGUCCGAUCCACCUGACCAACACCACCAAGCAAGACGAGGAUCUCCAGAAGCAAAUUGACGCGUGGCGCGUGCCCUUCGAGGAGUACUCCAAGCAGGUGGUCGGCACCAGCAAUGUCGUUCUCGAGCAGUCCACCUGCCAGUCCAAGGAGUGCACCUUUGGCGACUUCAUUUGCGACGCCAUGCUUGACUACCGCCUGAACGCUUCCACCGAUGGUCUCGCCCCCUCGUUCGCCCUCACCAACUCCGGUGGUAUUCGUGCCUCGAUUGACGUUGGACCCAUUACCCGCGGCGAGGUCCUCACGGCUUUCCCCUUCGGCAACGCCGUCGUCGAAAUUACCCUCUCCGGCCAGCAACUGUGGGACGUCCUCGCCGGCAUUGUCGCCCGUGUCAACAAGGCAAACGGCAAGGCCGUCACAUCUUUCCUCCAGGUCUCCCGCGGCAUCAAGAUCGAGUACCAACCUACUAACUCUCCCGAUAACGGCGUCGGCACCCUUGCGGCCGUUACUAUUGGCGGCGAGAAGCUGGACUUGACGAAGCAGUACAAGGUGGUCACCAUUGACUUCGUCGCUGGUGGAGGAGACAACUUCUUUGCUGAAGCGAUCAGCAACUUGGUGGUGUUGGAUACCUUGGAUGAGGUCCUGGUGAACUACAUCAAGGAGAAGACGCCGGUGGAUGUGCAGUUGGAGGGCCGUAUUGCUCCCUACAGCAAGUGUGGUGGACGCAAGAAGUCUCAGAAGGCAAGAAGGGAGAGGGAGUAAGGGGGUGUACUACCUACCAAUGAACUUGUAUCGUAAUGAUUAGAGGAUUACCUCUAGAUGAUGUAAUGUGUUGUCUUGAGUUUUAAUGAGCGUGUUCCACUGCAAAGAAAAGAAAGCGACGAAGUGUGUGA